CCCAAAGAUCUUGUUUAGUUGUGAACCUAGUAACUGAAGAUCCACCAUGUUUUAUGCACAUUUUGUCUUGACAAAGAAAGGGCCACUUGCUAGAAUCUGGCUUGCAGCUCACUGGGACAAAAAGCUGACCAAGGCUCAUGUGUUUGAAACCAAUAUAGACAGCAGUGUUGAAGCAAUUAUGAAGCCAAAGGUGAAGCUAGCUUUAAGAACUUCUGGUCAUCUUUUACUUGGUGUAGUAAGAAUUUACUCUCGUAAAGCUAAGUACCUGUUGGCUGAUUGCAAUGAAGCAUUUGUGAAGAUCAAGAUGGCUUUUAGACCUGGUGUUGUUGACUUGCCAGAGGAUAAUAGAGAAGCAAAUGUAGCUGCAAUCACAUUACAAGAAAACUUUCAUGAUUUUGAUGCUCUUGAGGAUUUGCAUGAUAUUGACAUGAGUGCCCAGUUUUCUACUGUCAACCAGAGUCGCCCUGAAGAGAUUACAAUGAAAGAAGAUUUAACCACUAUAUCUUUCGUUGGUGAUGACAGUUUUGGUGAUGUUGGUUUUGACGAAAGGGAGCUUCUCAGGGAUGCCCAUUUUGAUGAGUCAUACUUGAAGAGUCCAAGACAAGAUAUCAGUAUGCAGCCUAUUGAGAAAUCCCAUUCAAUGAUUGCAGAAACCUCAACUGCCCCAGCCAUGGAUGUAGAUUUACCACCAUUGGAUGAUGGUUUUGGGGGUGGUGGAUUUAUGGAUAUAGGAAAUGAUGAUGAUGACGACGACAAUGAUGCUGACAGUUUUGGAGGUGGUGUUGAUCAGGAAUUCUUAGGUGAAGAUUUGAUAGCAGGAGGGAAUCUGUUUGAAGACACACCAGCAGUCCCAGAGCUUCCAGUGACUACCCCAUUACCACAGCAAAAAGAUUUACCUGAGCAACAACAACCAGUUGCUCCACUAGAUUCUAUGAUGACAGCCACACCAGUUCCUGGCACAUCAGGCGAACAAACUACGCUUAUUACUAACGAGAAUGAAGCCUUUGCUUUAGAACCACUAGACACUACCCAUAUGCCAGGUGUUGAAAGGAAAAAGAGGAAACGUAAGCUGAUUGUUGAUGAACAACAGGGUAUCCCAAGUGAGACCAUGAAGAUGCAGCUCUCCGAUACAUCUGAUAUUGUAACCACCUUGGAUCUUGCACCACCAACAAAAAAACUUAUGCAAUGGAAGGAGACAGGUGGAUUCGAGAAAUUAUUUGCUCUUCCUGGAUGUGCAAUUAGGUCAAGAAAUAUCCUCAAGAUGUUUAAACGAAACAUGAAGACACGGCCAAGCGAAGAUUUCGACGAGAAUGAGGAAAGAUUGGACUUAGAAGCCCCAGAAAUAUCUCGCGAAGAAGAUAGAUCUCUUGCAGAAAAAUCUAAAAUUGGUAUGUCAACAAUACGGCCAGAAAUUAGCACCAUCAUGGAAGAAUCCUCAAUUCUUGAAACAUCUAAACGGUCGCGUCGCAGUGAUGAUCCUAUUCCAGAAGCCCCCACACCAAAAACUCCUCGUCACAGCUCUUCAGCUCAUGAGCAGCAUCCAAAUGUAUCAGACAUAUUUGGACAGUCAGUCCUCGAACCACACAUUGAUUUACCAGAGGUCCCAAGUUUGAUUCAUCCACAUUAUGAGGAUGAUGGUCCACCAUCUAUAGCGCCGUUCUCUGUGGGGCCAGCCUCAGUUGGACCUCCUUCAGUUGGGCCUAUUUCAUUUGGUGGGGAUAUUGAAGGUGGUGAUCAAAUGCCCGAGGAUGAAGAGCAGGAAGAGCAGAGAUGGACAAAACGUACUGAACAGAUGCAGCACACAUUAGAUCAGGGAUUCAGAUAUACUGAUGAACUUAGUUUUAAAGACAUGGCACGUAAAUUAAACCGUAAACAAGUUACCUCUAAGUUCUACACGCUCUUAGUGUUGAAAAAGCAUAAAGUGGUAGAAGUUAGUCAAACGGAACCUUUUGGGGAUAUUUUAAUUGGGAAAGGACCAAAGUUCGGAAUAGCUUGUUGAGAAUGAGGAUUCAUAGAUAAACCAUGUGUUUGUGUUUGUUGGUUUUAAAACUGAGGUUUGAAGGAGUAAAAGUAAACUGUUCAAUUAGCCUGGAACAAAUCUAAAGUAUAAAAGAGAGGCAGACUCAAAAGACUUGUUCAGUGCAUUACUUUUACAAAAUUAAACGUUCACAACAUUAUUUAGAGAUAAAAGAAAAAUAUAAGGAUACAAAACUUUUCAUUGAUAGUAAUCCAAAUGUGACCAUAAAAUGACAUUUGACAGUUCUUGUUCAAUAUUUGAAUUGGUGAGAGCAUUUUUGUAUGUAUAAAUUCUAGAAUUUCAUUGUGUGUAGAAAGUUGGACAAUUCCAGUACAAAUGGUUAAGAGUUUAAUGAAAUAAGAUUUUACUUGUUCUGCACCUUCGAGAUCUCUUAAAAAACCUGAAAAAGGCAGCAGCAGUGUGUGUAUAUGUGUAUGUUUUACUUUCUAUAUAUUUAUGCAGAUGUAGUGAAACCAUUUUUGUUGUAAUUAAAUGUCUAAGUAAUGAAAAAAUAUGAUUUAUUGAGUGAAGAAUAAUUUACAUAAAACUUUAUUAGAUUUUGUUGUCAAAUUCUCUACAGUUUUCUAUUCACAUAUUGAUUAGUUUGUAACAGAAGUAUUUUUCCAUAGUCUACAGUCAAAUAGAUACUGGGAAUAUAAUUGAGAAACUGAAAUAAGGUUGAUUGUUGGAGUUUCAUACUUUUUAUGUACAUUUAUUUGAGACUCUGUGAUAGACAUUUGAUAUAUAAAUAUUGAUUUUGUUGUCUUCGUACAAGAAAACUUGUCACCUUAGUGCAGUAACGGGUUAACUCCUAUGAAUUUUUAUUAGGGGUUAACCCAUUACUGCACUAAGGUGAACAAAGGUGACAAACUGUCAGUGUUGAAAUGAUAUAAUUCAGUUACUUUCACAAAUAGCAGUAUAUACAAAAAAUGUUUUUUUUUAUCAGAAUUUUGCCUUUUAUACCAAGAUUUUAAUAGUUAUUUUUCUUUUAGAGAACACCUUGAUGUGACUGUGAUUAUUUUUUUUUGUAUAAUAAAAUACGUGUAUAAGAAAGGAAUUUUAAAUGUAAAUAUUUCACAUUUUAUUUUAAGACAUGUGGAUAAGAAAUGAAUGUACAUGUAGGUCUUAAAUUACACGACUUUUAAACAAAACAACCUUGACCUGUACAAAUGUAUAUGUUUUGACACCAAAUGCUUGUGAUUUAGCAUUUUGUCCCCCAAAAUAUAAACAUUUUUGAAUCAAGAAAUCAGGCGAUAUUUAUGUAUAUUUUUACAGUAAAAGCUGAAAUUGUAUAGGAAGCAUUUGUGGUAUGCUAAUGGUCAUCUGAUGUUUGAUUCUUGUUUUCAACUUGGACUUUUCUUAAGCUUCAUUUGUACAAACAUUUGAGUAAAUACAUUUGAGUAAAUUAAGUGUUACUUUUUGAUAAUUGUAUGUUCAAAUUAGUUUCAGUAUUUAACAAUAUAUUAUUUAUGAAUUUGAAACAUAAAACAGAAUUUGACUAAUUUCUCCUUCCACUGUCUACUGCACUCUGGGAAAGUUAAGAGAAGUUUCAUAUUCAGAGAUUGACACAAUGUUGUUAAAUUCAACCUCUAAAUAAUGCUUUACUCAAUUUUAUGCUUAAGAAAUUACUUCUUUUACACUGAUCUACUAUACAAUUAAUAUGUUUUGUCAUUGUAUUAUACUAGAAUUGUUGUGAAAAUGUACAACAAACUGAACCUGAUCCAUAUAAUUGCGGGAAAAUUGCGGGAUAAACAUGUUUUUAUUCUGAGAGAAUUUUACCCAUUUUAAGUUGUAUAAAUGUCGGUCAAUCAGAGCUUUAUGUCUGAAAUAAGAGUGUACAAGCCAACCAAUUUGUAUUAACAAAAUAUUGUUGUUCAUGUUAUUUAAUAUUUGUCUGGAUUUUUUUUGUCUCUCCUGAAUACAUGUGUUGACAAAUAUGAAUUUACAUUAUUGAUAAUUACCAUCAGAUAGUCAGAUGAACUAGAAACUAUUAUUCUAGUAUUUGAACAAUUAAAUCUAUUAAUGUAAUGAAGUACACAAUACAUGUAUAUGUACAAUAUUGAAUUAACAAGAUUUUAUUUAUUUCUGUUUUAAUAUAUGCUUAUUUAUAUUAAAAUAGAAAUUUAAAUGUUAAUGAAAAUAUUUGUAUUAGUAUUCAACAUUAAAGUGAUUUGGCAGCAUGUUCCUGAAUACAGUAAAAUUGGUCUCUAUGCAAGAUGAAGCCCUACUUGCAGCAUUAGCUAAAUAAUCAGUUACAAAGGAAAUAUUGUCUUAUUUAUACAUGUUUUGAUGUCUUGAUAACAUGGGAUACAAUAAUGUUUUGAGAUUGUUUGAACUACCUUUCUCAAAAGCUGAAUUGGCAUGUUGUGUUUUAUCAAUAUUAAUUUUCAAGCAUAAUGUGGCAGAUUUUUAAAUUUGUUUUUCCUCUUGCAAAAUAAACCAUGUAGGACCUUGUUCAAAUUAAAUAUACUUUGUUAUUUUAUUUUUGGAUGAUUUUUGUGUUGUUUCCUUUUACAGAGUAAAGUGUUACAAUACAGAUUAGUAUUUAAGAAGUUAUUAUAUUAAGUAAGGGCUGAGAUGAACAUACAGAUUAUUAUCACAUAAUUUUUGUUUCAAAAUCUGAGUGCUACAUAUGCCUUACUGAACAAAAUUGGUUCGUGCCAUAUAAUGUUAACCCCUUCACCAGCUUGGACUGAAAGUGAUUAGCCUUUGCCACCAGUAGAGUCAACAAGCUUGCACACCCAUUUUACUCUAGUAUUUUGUUUUAAGUCUCUUAAAAUUCAAAUGGUCAAUAUGUACUGUUCUAUAUUCAAAUUUGGGUCGAUUCAGCAAUUUAAUAUAGAAUUAAUGGUAACCAUAGUGUAGAAUUGGAAUAUUUUUUUUCUAAGUUCCUUAUAUUGGGAGCUUAACCUCUGUGUUCAAUUUUUCAUCUCUUUUGUCAUGUAUCAUUGUGUAUUAUAGAUCAUUUAUCAUUAUUCUAUUAAAUAAAAUCAAGUUUCUUUAUGAAAAAAUAAAUAAUAAAGUCAUGUAAAUUUGUCA